AUGCGUCGCCUGCGCGAGGAGCACGGAGCCGAUGUGAACGCUGCCGACUACGACAAGCGAACUCCGCUACAUAUCGCCGUAAGUGACGAGCAACUCGAGAUGGUAGACUAUCUGCUACAGUGCGGGGCAAACGCCGAGGUGCUAGAUCGCUGGGGUCGCUCCCCCAUCGACUGCGCAGUCGAGACCAAGAAUGUAGCCAUCUUACGACUCCUGGAACGUGAAAGCUACGGUCGCGGUGGCAAGAUUUCGCUGCUCGACAACGACGACAAGUUGCCGUCAAAUGACGAGACCGAGGGGAUGAGACGGAUCCAGUCAAGUGUUGACGUUUCCUCUUUCUUCCAGGCCGUACAGCAGGGAAACACCGAGAAAGUCAAGCGCGCGUGGCUCAGCGGCACGGAGGUGAAUGUGACAGAUGAACUCGGACGCACCUCGCUGCAUGUUGCCGUAGAGAACGGACAAUUAGGAGUCAUUGAGUUGCUGUUGUCGGCUGGAGUUAACACCAACGUAGUGGACUCUCAAGGCCGCUCGCCAAUCAGCAUCGCGCUAGAGAAGCAGCAACUCGCCAUCGCAGAGAUGCUGCGCGCUCACCAGAAGAAGAAACUGGUGAGUCGCCAGAGCAAAAGCAGCGAGGACGAGCACAACAUUGCACUUGCCUUUCGAGCCACCAAACGCGGAGACAUGGAUACACUAAAGCAGCUGGUGCCAGAGCUGGUGCGACCUGAUAUGGAAGAUUACGACCUCCGCACUCUGUUGCAUGUGGCAAGUGCCGAGGGACACUUGCAACUUGCCAAAUAUUUAGUGGAUUGUGGGGCAAACGUCAACUUGCUGGACCGCUGGGGGUCGUCUCCUCUCUCAGACGCCGUCGACUUUGCGCACAACGAGCUGGCCAAAUUCCUCAUUGCAAAUCACGCAACAGAGAGUGGCUUCCGCGCCACAGUUGCUGUGGACCACAUCGACAAUGCCACGCUGGCUGGAGCGUUAGAGUUUACGCUUCGAGUCAUCACCCGAGAUCCGUGGCUGAUGGGCCAAGUGCAUUGUCCGGUAUUGGACGAUGACGGCAACUGCGUGUUGGUGACGCACAGCAUCUGGCAAAAAAACAACUCGGCGGCUCAACGGCAACAGAAAUCUGGCGGCAUUUUGUCCCCUCGAGCGUCAAAGAACCAGCCGAUCGACACGGCGGCACUGUGGAGCGACGCCAUCCAGAGAUACCGCAAGGUGUCGUCCAUCCUCAUGGUCGACCCCGGCCAGGGCCACGUCGGCGAUGUGUUCAGUGGGCAGCACCCCGAGUGGCUUGACUUGCACUCGGCCCAGCAGUCUCAGUUCUUCCUGUUGCCCCACGCCCGUCAGGCAGGCAUCCACACGGUCGUGUCGGUCCCCAUGAUCUGCAAAAUGUCCACUGUGGCUGUGCUGUCGUGGUACGCGGACCGCGUGCUGACCGAAGACCAACACGAACUGCAGCGUAUCCAACGCGUGGUGCGCUCUGUGAUGAUCCUGUCCACGCUUCGACAGGAACUGCAGAGCGCUGCGUCGUCUAGCGUUGGGGUGGGGCGCAUCCCUCGCUUCCAGUACUGCCAGACGCUGGAUAACGCAAUCACAGCCAACGGAGAGCUCACGGACUCGUCCAUUCGACGUGAAGACGUGACUAUUUGUGACACGAUUCCACUGGCGUUAGAGUGGGGGUUAUUCGACAUGGUGGACACACUGGCGACUUCCAUGAGCAGCGAAGACCACGCGGCUGUGGUUCCGAUCUUGCACUCGCUAGUGAUGUUGCUGCUGAAUGGGCUUUUCAGCGAGGCUCUAGGGCAGGAUGAAGCAGAGAAAGACCCAGCGACAGAUUCGUCUCUGAAGCGGGUGAUUGAGGCCUGUGACGGCAAGAUCCGGACCAAGUGGGCGUUGCUGGGCCAUCUGAAGUAUUAUCUGCAGUAUCUGUACACUGUGAGUCCCACAGAGGCGGAACUCUUCGCGGAUGUCCAUGAAUUGUCCCACAAGGUGGAGAAAUAUCUGAAAAACCCAAGCGAUACGACAGACGAAGAGAGCACCAACUUCACGGAAGCCAUGGAGGUCGAUGACGGCCCAGCGACAUCAACAGCUGCCGAGUCUGCCCCAGACUGCGUCCUGUGCAAGUACAAUGUCCCAGGACAUAUUCAUCCCGGCCGAGAGCCGAUCCCUGCCACACCAGCUGCACCUAAAGUGGCUCCAUUCCACACGAAGACGUCGAAAUCUCCACACGGUGAGAAGUUGUUUGGUCAUGUCGAGAACCCCAAGUCUCCAGUCUACCGCCAGAUUGAGCAGCUGCUGGGGACGCUGGAGGCCGAGUACGACGCCUUCGAGCGCAAGACAGAGCUGGCGGAUUGCUGCGACGGCAUCAAGCCUGCCACGUUCACGUCCAGUGACUUGUACGACGCCAUCGGCUCGGCCCACGAUACCCCCGUAACCCGUCGAAGCUCGGCAGCUGAUAACCCGCGUAAACAAUUACUCGACGUAAUCAACGAGAUUAUGCAGGACACUUCGUGCGUAAUCACACGACAACAGCUCUUCGCGCUGCACAAGUGUCUUCUUCCAGCGUCGAGUGGCCAGGCUGGCGUGCUUCGAACGGACCUGGCAGUCGGGUACGCCUCGCCUCGGAUCUAUCGCGUGUUCCUCCCGGCCGGGGAGAUCGAAGACGCGUUGGACAAACUCAUCCACACACUCAACGACGCCAGCCGAUGGGGGCAACGUCCGCUGCUGUGCGCCUACUACGCGUUCGCAGUGCUGGUGUUCUACGUCCACCCGUUCCACGACGGCAACGGACGCUGCGCUCGACUGCUCGGCAACUUGGUGGCCAAGAAACUCGGCUUCCCGUCAUUACUACGCGCCGCCGACAAGACCAUCCAAGUGCCAGAGUUCCUGCAGAAGGCCAUUGUGACGAUGGAGAUCAUCCGCAAUAGCCGACGACAGACUCGCCAGACGCGCAUGCUCUCCACGCGCAGAGAGAACUCGUCCAUGUGGUUUUAA